AGAAAUGGCAGCAACCAAAGCAGAGCUACUGCUGUCCGCCCUGCAGAUCUCAGAGCCGCUUUUCGGACACCCGCCACCGCUGUCCCCGCUGGACGGAUACCCGAAGCUGGAGGAGCUGCAGAUGUUUCUGCAGAACGCCGCGUCUGCCGCCGAGGCGGCCGGGCUGCUGGGCGGGGAGCCCAGCGAGUUCGCAGAUUCCCUGUCAGACCUCACAGACCUGCAGAACUUCCCUCCUCUCACCCCUCGCCUCACCCCUCUGGCCUAUAGUGGGCGCUUCAUCUUUGAGCCAUCAGUCUCUUGUGGUGGUGGCAGCAAUCAGUUGGCAGAGCCGCUCUUCAGCUUGCUGUCAGGGUUAGUGAGCAUGGCGGCGACUCCUGCACCCUGCAGCCUCACCACCUCUUCAUCGCCUCCUACAGUGACAUCAUCAGCACCCUCUCAGUCCAGCCUCAGCUGCGGGUCUGCAGACAACACCUCUAUCUUCUCUGCGACACCUUCAUACAUGUCUGCACCAGAAUCAAACCACCUCCUUCCUCCCAGUGACGUCCGGUCUGCCGCCCAGGUCUUCCAGCCGCAGGUCCCGCCACCCGCCUGCAUCCAGCCACCCACCAUGGUGGUCCCCAUGCUGCCGGACUACCUCCUGCCACAGCAGGUAACAGAAGGCGAGGUUGGCCACAGUCAGGACCAGAAGCCAGUGCUGCCACCACUCACGCCUCUUCCCACUAUCAAAGCCUUCUCCUCGCAGUUCCAGCCCCACGGGGCCGCCUGCAGGAACAGGGCGCCCCCAGCAGGGAGGCAGUGCAAAACUCCACCCCAUGAGCGGCCAUACGCCUGCCCUGCUGAUGGCUGCGACCGCCGCUUCUCCCGCUCAGAUGAACUGACGCGCCAUGUGCGCGUACACACGGGACAGAAGCCAUUCCAGUGUCGCAUCUGCAUGCGCAGCUUCAGCCGCAGCGACCACCUGACCACGCAUAUUCGCACGCAUACUGGCGAGAAGCCAUUUGCCUGCGUAGAGUGUGGGCGCAAGUUUGCCCGCAGCGAUGAACGCAAGAGACAUGCCAAGAUCCACCAAAGGCAGCGAGAACGCCGAGUGGACAGGGCCGGCAUCACACCCACCACCAUGUUGACCGUGUCACCCACAGACUCCCUCAUCAUGCAGACCUCUUCCCCCUGCCUCGCCUCUUCAUCUCCCCUCACCAUCCAGACGUCCUCCACGUGCUUCACCUCCUCAUCCUCCUGCUUCACCUCCUCCCUGUCUCAGGUUUACACCACCUCUCCGUCCCCCAACCUCUACCCCUCGUCCUGCUCCUCUCCGAUGGGGAGUCCUCAGUCAGAGCUGCCUUCUCCCCACAGCACCAACAUCUGCUGAUGGAGAGCAGGACCCCGCUGUGGCCCCUGACCGUAGACUUUUAUUUUGGCAGGUUAAAGUCCUGUUCCUGAACUUUUCUGUGCAUACAUGUGGAUACUGUACAUAUGUGAAUGUGCCUGAGCGUGCACAUGGUGUUUUACCUACUGGGUAGGUUAUGGGAUGUUAGUGUGUUUACACGUAGGAUAGUGUUGGAUUUCUCAUUGAACACGAACUACAGAAAUAAAAACCAUUUCAAACCUGA